AUGUGCCUCGUUCGUCGAUGUGCUGCAGCCUAUUUCGAGCUCUCGCGGUAUUCCUGCAAAAAGGCCAUGGACCUGAUUGAUACGCUACCAAGAAAGGUUCAAGUGGGCAGCUGGUCUUUGUGCCUGUAUGGGAGAUGUUUCUACGAAUUGGCCGAAUAUGGAGUGGCCCGGAACGCCUUUGCGCGCCUACGCUCGAUCGAACCCUAUCGUCUCCGAGACAUGGAAUGGUUCUCGACCGUUCUGUGGCACCUGGACGAACGCGCCGAACUCUCUCAACUGGCACAAGAUCUGAUGACACUCGACCGGUCAGCCCCUCAGACCUGGAUCGCGACGGGCAACUCGUACGCCUUGCAAGGGGAGCACGAUCAGGCGAUCCGGUGUUUCAAACGGGCGAGCUUGGUCGAUCCGGGCAUGGCGUAUACGUAUACGUUGACGGCUUACGAGGCAUUGGAGAUGGAAGAGUAUGAUAGGGCGAUCGCUUAUUAUCAAUCGGCACUGAGAGCGGACGUCAGGCAUUAUCACGCUUGGUUUGGACUUGGUCGAGUGUAUCAAAAGACGGGCAGGCUCAAGCUGGCCGAGUAUCAUUUCCGACGAGCCCUUUCGAUCAACCCGUCCAACGUCGUGCUCUACUGUUGCGUUGGAACCGUCAUGGAACGCCGGGGUGCUCUGGAAGGCGCUCUUGGCGUGUUCGAGAGGUCUCUGGAGAUCGAUGAGGAGAACAAGAUGGCUAGGUUUAGGAAGGCGAGGGUGUUGAUGGGUCUACAGCGGUAUGAGGAGUCUCUGCCGAUCCUGAUAGACCUGGCGCGUACGUCUUCAAACGAAGCGUCCGUCUUGUUCCUCCUGGGCAAGCUUUACAGAAUCCUAGGCUAUUCGAGGGAGGCGACCGAGGUGUUUACGCAGGCGCGGGACCUGAACCCCCGGUUGGCGAAAGCUAUCGCGGCGAUGAGGCGACGAGGUGGUGGUGCGGAUGAGAGCGACGAGGAUGAUGAUGGUAGAGAUGACGAGUACGAGUAUGACGAGGAGGAAGACGAACGAGCGGGUGGGAGUAUGAGGGUGAGGAGCGAUGUACGGGGAUCUGGGUCUGUAAACGGGGUUAUGUUGGACUGA